CUGACAGGAAACAGAGCGUGCACUUGAGAUGUGAAACUCACAUGGAAGGGAACUUCUGAAAGGCUUCUCAGUUUAUUCAGAUUGAAGAUUUCUUCCAAACAUGAAGGGGCUGCUGUUUUUUCUCGCAUCUCUGUUAAUGGUCUGCAUCAUAAGUGGCGAGACAGCAGUCAACUGCAAAUGGAGCUCCUAUGGACCAUGGUCAGACUGUGAUGGCUGCACCAAAAAACAGACUCGUACACGUAUAAUUGAAGUUUACGCCCAGUUUGGAGGUAUAGAGUGCAGUGGAAGCUCUUAUGAAACCCGUCCUUGUGUUCCCACCAGGGGCUGCCCUAUAGAGGAUGGAUGUGGAGACAGAUUUCGAUGUUCAUCAGGUCAGUGCAUUAGCCAGUCUCUGGUAUGCAAUGGAGAUCAUGACUGUGAACAAGAUAGCUCAGACGAAGCCAACUGUGAUGUGCGUCACACUGUUUGCGAUACAGACAAAUAUGCUCCAAACACAGAACUUACUGGAACAGGAUUUGAUGUUGUCACACAAACACGCAAAACAGGCAGUGUGAUUCACACAAAGAGUUUUGGUGGAAAGUGUCGGAAAGUCUACAGUGGUGAUAACAGAGAAUACUUCAGGCUAAGUGAGAAUGUCCUCACUUACACAUUUAAGGUGGAAGCAAAAAAUGAUUUUUCUCAUGACUUUUAUGACAGCAGCUGGUCCUAUGUAAAAACGACUGAGUCCCAUACAACAUCUAACUAUGGAUAUAAAGCAGAUCACUCAUCUAGCUUUACCUAUUCAAAAGAAAAGAGUUACCAGCUCCUGGUUAUCAGGAAUUCUGUAGAAGUGGCCCAGUUCAUCAAUAACAAUCCAGAAUUUUUAACUCUUGCUGAACCGUUUUGGAAAGAACUUUUCAACCUCCCCUCAGUGUAUGAAUACAGCGCUUACAGAAAAUUCAUAGGAGAUUACGGAACACAUUUUCUGCAGUCUGGAUCUUUGGGAGGAGAAUAUGAAUUUAGAUUCUACAUGGAGACUGAAAAAAUGAAACAAAAUGGUGUGACAAUUAGUGAUAUGACAAAAUGCACUUCAUCCAAAGGAGGAUUUUUCUUCUUUAGUUAUUCCACAUCAGAGUGCAAAAAGACAAGUGAAGUGAUAAAAUCUUCAUCUGGUUCCAGUGACCAAGAAGUUCGUGGUCAAGCAGUUGUGAAAGGUGGGGAGCCAAAAUUUAUUGGUGGCCUGGCAUUUUUCUCCAUGAACAAUCCUGCAGACAAUCAAAAGCGCUAUGCUCUCUGGGCCGGCUCUGUAACAAAUCUUCCAACUGUUAUUAAGUAUAAGCUUACUCCCUUGUACGAACUGGUAAAAGAAGUGCCUUGUGCAUCAGUCAAACGAAUCUAUUUGAAACGAGCCAUUGAGCAAUAUAUUGGAGAAGCACAUUCAUGCCGCUGCAAGCCAUGUAAGAACAAUGGACAACCAGUCGUCAACGGAAGAAAGUGUGAAUGUUACUGUAAGCCGAACACCUAUGGAAAUGCCUGUGAAUAUGGGACCCUGGCAGAAGAAAGCCCAGGAGUUGUUCAUGGUAGCUGGAGCUGCUGGUCAUCCUGGAACCUCUGUCGUGGAACCUCGGGAAGAAGAGUCCGGAACCGGGUCUGUAACAAUCCAGCACCCAGGGGAGGAGGGAAGAGCUGUAUCGGAGACUCGAUAGAAAGCCAAAAGUGUGAGGAGGAUGAGCUGGAGCACUUACGAACUGUAGAGCCUCACUGCUUUGACAUCAACAUCUUACCUACUGAGUUCUGCCCUCCUCCCCCUACUCUGGGGAAUGGCUAUAUCUUGGAUGAGGACAAUUCGCACUAUGUUGGCAAACGUAUUGUGUACACAUGUAAUAGUGGCUACACACUGGAGGGUGAGGCUUUUGCUGAAUGUAAAGAAGACCUCCAGUGGCAUGUUGGUGCCAUGAAAUGCCAAAGACUUGCGUGUUCUUUGCCUCAGCUUCCAAGUGGCAUGGCGGUUGCCCCGGAGAAGGGUUCCUACCAAGUCGGAGAUAAAAUAAAACUCUCAUGCCAACAAGGCCUGAAUUUAGAAGGUCCAGGAGUCGCUUCAUGCAGUUCAAGCCUCACCUGGAAUCCCGAUAUAAGAGACAUCCAGUGCACAAGAAAAGCCACCCCAAAACCAGAUGAAACAAAAUGCAAGCCAUGGGAAAAACUCCAGGAAUCUAAGUGCAUUUGUAAAAUGCCAGCUGAUUGCGGCUCCUCUCUUAAUAUAUGCACCAUAGAUGGUCGAAACAGCAGGAACAUUGCACUCACAGUCUGUAAAAUGCAUGCACUCGAAUGCCUGGGGCGGAAAUACACGCUGACCAGAGAUGAUAACUGCAAUUUCCCCAAAACAGAUAAGUCAUGUGGCUCAUGCCACCUAUGGGAAACCUGCUCUGAUGAAACAAAAACAUGUGUCUGCAGAAAAGCUGGGAGCUGCCAUGAUCAAGGAAUCAGCAUUUGUGUCCUAGUGAACGGCAGGAAGCAAACUCUGAGUGAAUGUGACGCUGGAAUCCUCAGAUGCCAAGGGCAGGAUGUGGAAGUUGUCAGCACGAGUCCCUGUGAUGAGUAGAGGAAUCUCAGUACUGUGUCGCUGCGUUUUUGUCCUGCUAGAGAAAACGUCAAAGCAACUCAGCACUUCAGCUGCUCUACGGCUCCUUCAUGCCUACAAAUGCCAUUGAAUUAUGAUCUUGCUAAUAUGAAAUGUAACAUCAAAUUCAAGCUGUCAGGUCUUGUGUUUGUGUUUUGUAAAACAAAUGAGUUUUUUGUACCAGCUAAAAAUAAAACCCUUCCUUUAGUA